AUGACAGAAAAUGCAGAUGAUGCAGGGACAACAUUGAAGGGACAGUUUUCCUGGGGACCUGUCACUCUCUGGGAAAUUCAGUGCUGCUUCUUGGUCCAGGUCUACGUAUCUGCUAAAGAGAAAGGAAAAUUUGAAGACAUGGCCAAGGUGGACAAGGCCCAUUAUAAAAGAGAAAUGAAAACCUAUAUCCAUCCUAAAGAGGAAACAAAAAAGAAGUUCAAGGAUCCUCAUGCACCCAAGAGGCCUCCUCUGGCCUUUUUCUUAUUUUGUUCUGCAUAUCACCCAAAAAUCAAAGGCGAACAUCCUGGCCUAUCCACUGGUGAUAUUGCAAAGAAACUGAGAGAGACAUGGAAUGAUAACAAGCAGCCUUAUGAAAAGAAGACAGCUAAGCUAAAGGAGAAAUACAGAAAGGUUAUUGCUGCAUACCAGGCUAAAGAAAAGCCUGAUGUGGCAAUAAAGGAAGUUGUCAAGGCUAAGAAAAGCAAGAAAAAGGAGGAGGAGGAAGACGAAGAAGAUGAGGAAGAUGAUGGGGAAGAAGAAAAUGAAGAAGACAACGAUGAAGAUGAUGAUGAUGAUUAUGAUGAAGUUGCCAUCCAGGUUGUAAAGCCUUCGUAA